GACGUGCGCGGAAAGUGCGGUCCUUGGCGGACGAAGGCGCGGCCUUUUUUCCUGUUUGGCCGGCUGUCGAGGCCUCCUCGUGCCGGGGAACCCCGGCCACGGCGGCCCAGAUUGCGAUAAGGCAAAAGACAACAAGCGAGAGAACCUGUCCCGGUAUGUUUACACCAAGCGGCGCUGUCGCAACUCCGCCACUGCGCGCACUGACGUGUGGUGGCCUGCUUCGAUUGCUGCUCCUCGGAGGCCAGACCGCCAGUCGCAGCUGGGCGAACCAUCGGGCGCGCUGCACGUCUCGCGACCAGGCACACUGCGCGGCGGCGAACAUGUCGACCGGACGGGCAUCCGACUACAGCGUCCACUCGGCCCACAUCGCCGAGGUGCACGACAUUCCCAUGGACGUCCUCAUCAGGCCGCUCACCCCUGUGCUGGACGAGGCCAAGGUGUCCAGCCUGAUGGAAACGCUCAAGGACCCGGCCCAGCGGGACUCGGUGCCGCCCAUCGACGUGCUCUGGGUCACGGGCAGCCAGGGCGGUAACUACUACUACUCGUUCGGCGGCUGUCACCGCUACGAGGCCCACCGGCGGCUCGGCCUGCCUACGGCCAAGGCCAAACUGUUCCGCUCCACCGUCAGGGACCUGCAGUCCUACCUAGGCGCCUCCACGCCCGACCUCAAGUGAUGGACCCGUGUACCUUGGCCUCCGACGAAAUCAGAAAGGCUUUUGCCCUUUUUCUCCAACAUCAAUGCGGCCGGACACGAACGUGCAAAACCGUCCAAAAGCGCGUGUUGGCAUCCCGCGUCGCGGGUUUUCUCUUGUAUAUCCUGCGAUGAGACAGGUUUGCCGUGGCACAUUUCGCACGCUAGCAACGUUGCCUGAAUGUUUUUUUUUUAUUAUUUUUUAUAAUGAAAAGAGCUUAAUGCUUGGUUGUUGAUAUUUUUAUGUUCGUUCUUAUGCACGUGGAGCUUACAUUAUAUAGAGUGUUUCUUGUUUUUCAUGUGAACCCCUUCUCCUUUCGUGUUCAUAUCAUAUACCGCUUGUGCACGGUAUGGGGCUUUGUGUUUGACGAAACUUACGACAUUGUGUUUCAUCGAAAUUUUUUAUCCUUGUUAUUGACGUGCAAAUUUUAUUGCGCGUGCCAACCCUGCCGCACAUGUCGCGAUCUUUUAUAUUACUGUAUUCGUAUGACACUAAUAAAUUUUAUCAAACUUUU